AUGGAGCAAGUCGCGGCAGUAGCAACAUACGAGACUACACUCCCAAUGGACGUGCAAGGCGAGAUAAUUGCGCUGCUGGCUCGACAGAGUCCCAUCUCGAUCAUAGACAAGAAGCAGAACCAAAGGUCGUUUAUGGACGCAGGCUGGUUGAAGAUAUCGCACGUGAACAGAAUGUGGAGGGAAAGUGCUAUGUCUCGGCGCGAUCUUUGGGGCGAGAACAUAUGCAAAUAUCCGCGAGCGGAGAUCAUCCAGGAAUUCAUCCGCAGGGCGAGCAGGGCGCCCCUCCAUAUCAACAUCGACGAUCUACUCGCAGGAUGCUACAUCAUCCAAGAUACAGCAGCCAUUGAAUGGUUGCUGAGCAACAGAGCCAUCCUGAAACGAGCCCACGUCAUCGUCUCCAGCCUUCUCAGCGCGGAGCCCAGAUCCAGCGCGAUAAACUGCUUGAGAGGAGGGAUGGGCGACGAAGUCUGGGCAGACAUCUUUACUCACGCCAACUUUCCCCGUCUGACGACGCUCAUUUACCACAUGACAGGGACGUCGUCGCUGCCAACUCUCAUCAACUCUCGUCUCACGUCCCUCGAGAUCGUGCCAUGUCAGACGACUACAGGACGAGAGCGCACACCCAUAGGCUCGCGGAUGAUCUUCAGACACGAGCGGUCGUGGGGUGCAGCACCCGCAUUCGAAAUGAACGACCUUCUUGACUGGCUUGAAUCAUACUCGAGACUGGAAACCCUCACUUUCAACGCUGUGACUAUCACGGACAGCUCCCAUCAGGAUCCAACUACCCGCGUUCAUCUACCACGCUUGCGUCAAAUGAACAUCAGAGGGCCGCACUUCGACAACAUCUUCAAGUUCGCAUCACGUAUCGACCCCCCACCUUUCCAUAUCCUCAAUAUAUCUUCGACUUUGGGCACCUUGUUCAGCCCUACUCCUGAAAUGAUAGAACGAGCUGGGCUUUCGGACGUCAGCGGGCUCGACAUUAUCGUCGAGACAUGCGACCUCUUCCGCUGGGUCACGAUAUGCCACCACACCACUCGAGAUGCCAUUAAGCCGGCUUUCUGUGAUGGGCAAAGUUCUCCCUGUCUCACGGGAGAAAGAAAAAGCCGUUCUUCAUUUUACUGGCGGGCAGCAGCACUGUCUGCACAGCAAGCGGUACUUGGAGCCGACCCGCACGACGCUCUUCUGGGUCUGGACGCGCGUAAUAUCCGUCAUCUGGUCGUUCGAGAACUUGGGAGGACGCAUAACGGGCACAGAACAUGGCUUCGUAAAGCGGGGAACGUGAGGCUCGUGCAGAACCUUCACAGCCUGGAAUCCAUCACGAUCGAAGACGAGAGAAUUGCACGUACGGUUCUCGAUGCCGUCGACAGCCGCGACAUUCGCGAGAUUCGUUUCACAUGUCGCGCAGACUGGGAUGGGAAAAGCGGAUUGGGAGGCUUUGUUGAGGCGGUCGGCAGAGUGAUAGCGCAAGCUACAGGGAGAGUGACUGUGGUAGUAUCGGGGCCCGUUCGCUACGUCGACAGCGAUUGCAUGAAAACACUGAAACGGUCGCAGGGGUACGACGUAGAAGAUAGGCGGACGAUCGUGCAAGGUAUAGACAGCGAAGAGAUGACGGAGAAAAUAGAAAGAGAGCUGCAAAAAGCUCGUCGGCAACUAAAGGAAGCGAAGAUGAACGUGCGCGCACUGGAGGCGGAGGAGUUCCGGUAUCCUGAACUAUACUACUAG